AUGCGUGCCUCUACCCUCCUCUCCCUGGCUUUGGCUGCUGCCCCGGCCCUUGUCUCCGCUCGUGGUACUCUGGGUUUCUCCCUCGGUGAUAAGACUGCCAACGGUAAUUGCAAGACUACUAGCGAUUACGAGACCGAUUUCGAUAACUUGAAAGAUUUGGCUACUCUGGUCCGCACUUACUCCGGCACGGAAUGUGAUACCCCCAAGAACAUUCUUCCCGCUGCCAAGAAGAAGAACUUCAAGGUUGUUCUCGGUAUCUGGGUCGGCGCUCAAGACAGCGAUGACACAAGCACCAAUGACGCCUCGUUCGCGAAGGAUUUCGCCGCCCUGAAGAAGGCUGUUCCCGGAUAUGAGGAUGUUGUUGAGGCCAUCACCGUUGGCUCUGAGACUCUUUACCGUGGCGACCAGACUGGUCCCUCCCUGCACAACUACAUUGGUCUUGUCGCUAAGCAAUUCAAGAGUAUCACCGUUGGUACCGCUGAUAGCUGGAACAAGUUCGCCGAUGGUACCGCCGAUGACCUCUUCACUCGCGACACUGACGAUGCUCCCCUCGUCACCUAUGUUCUUGCCAAUGCUUUCGCCUACUGGCAGGGUACUACCGCUAAGGAGGCUUACAAGACCUACUUCGACGAUAUGUCUGGUGCCAUGUCGCAUAUCCAGAAGGUUGCUGGUACCAACUCAGAGAAGAUUCACGUCAUCAACGGCGAGACUGGCUGGCCUACUGAUGGUGGCUCUGACUACGAAGCCGCCAAGGCUGGUACCGACAAUGCCCAGACUUUCUGGCAGACCGGUGUCUGUGGUAUGCUCGCUUGGGGUGUUGACCUGUUCUACUUCGAGGCCUACGAUGAGUCUUGGAAGCCCGACAGCACCGGUGACAACGGCAAGGCCAUGGACGAGAAGCACUGGGGUCUCAUGACCGCUGAUCGCAAGAUCAAGUUCAACACCACCUGCCCUCACUAA